CUUUGGUCUUGGCUGCAGAGACGAGAUGACAAAGGGGACGUCAUCGUUUGGAAAGCGUCGCAAUAAGACGCACACAUUGUGCCGCCGCUGUGGCUCUAAGGCCUACCACCUUCAGAAGUCCACUUGUGGAAAAUGUGGCUACCCUGCCAAGCACAAGAGAAAGUAUAACUGGAGUGCCAAGGCUAAAAGAAGAAAUACCACGGGUACUGGUAGAAUGAGGCACCUAAAAAUUGUAUACCGCAGAUUCAGGCAUGGAUUCCGUGAAGGAACAACUCCUAAACCCAAGAGGGCAGCUGUUGCAGCAUCCAGUUCAUCUUAAGGAUUUCACUGAUUAGUUGUGCAAUAAAUGUUCUGAUUUUAAAAAUAAAAAAAAAAA